AUGGUGUCAGUUACUGAAAAUGGAAAAGACAACAAAGAAAAGAAAGAGGAUUCAACUGAAGAGACAGAGCCUAUUAAGGGCUCACAGAGUUUACCAGAUGUUUCUGCAACAGAGACCAGCAACCAUGUGGCAGAAGAAGCAACAGAUGAAAUAAAAUCCCAAGAAUCAAAGCUGGUGAGACAGCCAGAAAUUCCAACUAGUUCAACAAAGGACGCUAUCCCUGAAGUCUCAGGGAAUGUUGUGAUUAGAAAACCUGAAAAAAUGAUUUUUUCUUUAGAUGAAACUAAACCAAAAUCAAAGCUAGAACAACCAUGGAGGAAAAAUCUUUUGGAAAGAGUGGAGGCGAGUGCCCGGAAAAUACAGCAGAAAAUAAUAGAUAAAGAUAAUCUAAAGAAGGAACUAGAAAAAAAGUCUGAAAAAAAACUCCCUAAGGAUAAUUUAGCCCAACAGUGGUUUGAUACUGAAACUACGACACUGAAAACUCGUGCAUAUUUGCUGGAYAAACUUCUACCCACCUUAGUUCCUGGAGUGGAAAAAAUGUUAAUGCAAUUAGAAAAGAAAAAGAUUUUGACAGAAGCUGAUACUCCAACCAAGUUUGAUCCAAUUAAUUAUUUGGGAGAAUAUUUAAUGAGAAACAAUCCUUCUUAUGUCAAAGCUCCAAAAAUGUCUGGUUACCAGAGGGUGAUGAGAGAUGUCACAGAAGAACUGAAGGUGUAUGUUCCUGACACUAUUUGCUACAGAGUAUCUAAGAUGAAGGAGAAUGUUACACAGAAAAGAGAACAAAGAGUCCACAUAAACACAAUCAAAGUCAAGGUGGCCAGCGUGCGGAAACAGGCUCUGCAGGAACAAUUUGAUGAAUGGAUUCUAGACCCUAGAGGAAUGAUUCCUACCAUAGUGAUUCAAAAUGUUCUUCAUGAAUUUUUCCAAAAGCCAGAAUUCAAGCUUGAAUCACAUUGCAAACAAUUGGAUUUUACUGACUCCGUAGAAUCAGGAUUGAACAAAACGGAAUUUUCAGAAUACAUCUCUUCACAUAUUGCAGACCUUAAAAGUGAAAUUUUUGAGGAACUUCUGAAGCACCUUUGCCACUGUGCAGAUGAUUUCCGGGAGGUUGUAAAAGCUGACUUACAGAGACAGAUGUUUGCUGACCUCUUUCUAUAUUGUGACUCUGGGAAGGUAGGGGUUUUGGAUCGGCAGAGGACAUUGGCCUUGCUGGAAACAUUCUAUGAUAGACUUAAACGAAGGCGUAAGCAUUUACUCGGAAACCCAAGACAAUCAUCAAUAACAGGACAAGGACCACGUAGAAUGUCAUCUUCAGAACAUGGAUCACGCAGAGGGUCAACAGCAGGACAAAAUCAGCACAAAGGAUCAACAGCAGAGCAAGGACCACACAAAACAUCAUAUUCAGAAUAUGGAUCACKCACAGAGUUAACAACAGAAGAACCACACACAGAAGAGCACGAUCUAUAUGGAGAGAGAAUUCCAGAAAAACAAGAGGAUGUAGACUCAACUUCACCAUCAAGGGAAGUUAGAAUCUCUAGAACAAGUGCAGAAUCUGAAUAUAUUGAAUUCCCUUCACAAGAAAAGGARCAACUGUAUGAAGAGGAAUUAUUAGAAGAACUACAAGAGGACCUUCCUACAUCCAGUAAAAAAGGUAGUUCAGGUACUACCACAAGAAAAGACAUUCAGAAAGACAGAUCCUGUGAACCCAAGUCCCCCAAAAUAGAAGGAAAAUCAUGGUCAGGUGAAUUUUUUGCAUGUAACUGGAGGAGGAAGUAUGUGAAAUUUGAAGAUGAGGAUCAAGCACACUUAAUCUAUAAUAACUCCAAGUUUACAGACCUACACCCGAUUAUCAGAAAUAUUCAGUCUYACAAGGAAAUAAGAGGGAGGAGUGCCUUCAAUGGAGUUUCCUUCAAUCUGCUCCAGUUUGUGCAGCUCCUAGAGACAUUUGUUGGUGAAGAUGCCCCCUUGAGUGUCAGCGAGAGCCUCAUUUCCUUUUUUAAGAGGGGCUAUUUUGAAACAAAAGAAGAGAAAAUGAGUGCCUUAGAACAGGUUAGACAAAAGGCUUUCCAAGUCCGCCGGGAGCUUCUUCUAGAAGCCCUCUUUCAGAAGUGGGACAGUGAUGGCUCAGGCUUCCUGGAUCUGAGAGAAGUUGAUGAACUCUUGUACACAUACAAGGAGGGAAUGGAAAAAGAAUGUAUGAAGAAAGCUAAACUACACUUCCAGUUUCCAAAGUCAUACCAUGGACAUGAAGUAAAGUUGUCUUCAAAACAAUUUCAGAAAUACAUAGAAUUGGUAGUAUCUGAACUCAGGGGCAAUGAAGAUCAAGUUAUGGAAAGUAUUGUGGAAUUUCUGAUGAACUCUUUAAAGAGGAGCCAUAUUGAGGGUCUUAGGAAUUGUGCAAGACGAAAAUGGCUGCACCAAAUCCAACAUGCUGCAGAGACAAGUGGAGUGUCUGUGGAGCCAGUAUACACUGAGACCUUUAAGACCCUCACCCAGGAUGCUGAAGCUCAUGGAAAUAAGAAGAUUAGUGCUCACAUUUCCCUCUUAGAAGAAAAUGAACUACUGCCUGAUCGAGGGUCUGUUCUACUGAGAAAUGUGGCUUGUACCCUAGAUGACGCUUCAUUCGUACUGAACAGAGUACUUUACCGGGACAUGGAAGGAAUCAGCUUUUCAGUAGUGGAUGAAGGGAAGCCAGUCCAUGUCCCCCAAGUACAGUACCAUGGGAACAUCAUCUUCUGGAACCAUUCCCGCAAUAAGAAUGAUCGAAAUGGGUCAUUACUGGCUCUGCCUCUGCAUGAUGCAUAUAUGAGGAUCUUUGGGGUCCUGGCAGUUGACACACUUAGAGAUCCCCACAAAAUAAACAUCUUCUUACCUCAUGAGAUCAGAUUCUAUCAGGGUGUUGCCAAUGUCUUUAGCACUGCCUAUCACUACGUUCACAGCCGGGAGCACAUCCUUCAUAUUGUGAUCACUGGCAUUGGCUGGCUCUUCAAUGUCACAUCCAACAUCAUCUCCAUCACUACAUACUUUGUUGAGCCUAGCCCACACCAGGAUUCAGACUAUGUUUUACGCAAUAUGAUGGUUACAGGGAAGCUGGGUCUAACAGAAGUCCACACAAAUCCCCCUAUUACCUUCAGGAAAACAUGUGUCUUCAGAGAUUUCCUCUUCAAGUGUACAGACAGUUCAGAAGUUGUUCUGGCCUCUGCCCGUGGAGAAACCCAUAUAGUAAUUCCCCUUCGUGAGAGAACAGGAGAGGCUCUGGGAGCCCUUGAUGUUAACAUUGGCCAGACCAGGAUGUUGUUCUAUCAAGAAUAUAAAGAUCUACAGAAAAUGAUGAAGGUGAUCCAAGCUGCCUGCUAUGAAAUACUAGGAGAAUUCUCCGGAGAGAUAAAGAAAAACAUUGUCUUAGAGAUGGAAAAAGUUGGGGAAGUCCAACGAGCAGGAAUUAUCUUCUUCCGAAUCAUGCUGCAGGAACUGCAGGCAUGCCUCAAACUACUUAGUUCCAUGGACUUUGUGACACUAUUGCUCUACGAUCAUAAUACUCAGAUAGAGACAACAUCUUCUAAAGACAGCAAGGCCAAGGAGUUGAAAGCCCACGUAAACCUAGUGCAUGACAUCCUGAAGGGAGUUAUUUUAUUCUUUCAUACAGAUUUGGAAUCUGAACCUGCAAGUGAAUCUGAAUCUGAAUCUGAAUCAGAAGAUUGGGAUAAGGAUAAACUUUUUGUUAACAAAUAUUUAGUGGAGAGUAUUUGUUCCUUUGAUCCAACUGCUAGCCAUGUGGAAGUCAACGUACAGCUCAUUAAUAAAUAUAUCAAAGGUCAUUCCCGAAUUGAAGUAUGGAAAUUUGGUAAUACUGUCAUUGAACUUCUGUAUCACUGGAUACACGUCUGUUUAGCUCUUAUGCAACUAAGCAAAAAAGUUAAUAAUGCUAUUAUACCUCCAUUGCCCUCCAAGUCUGACAGCAGUAGGUAUGCAAAAAUGCCUGGGGAACCUUUGCCAAAGAAAUAA